AUGGUGGAAUGUUUCGAGCUCUGGUGCAGUCUACGGCAGAACGGGAAGCAGCAGCAAUCCGUGCUGUUUCUCACGGUUCGCGGAAAGGAAAUGGAUUCUCUGUUGAAGAAUCUCGCUUUCUCCGACAAUUCGGCCAAGAUACUAUUCCAGAUGCUUAAACAAUUGCUUCUUGUCCACGUGAAUCCUGUUGACUUCCAAGCCAUUGGGAGGGAAAAAUUCAAUUAUUUGGUUCGUGCCGAGUCAAUGCCUUGUCGCAAUUUCAUCCUGUUGCUCAACAAACAGGCUUCCAAAUGCAAUUAUGGAGAAAGACUGGAAGAGCAAUUAUAUGAUCGCUUUAUCGCAGGCAUUAAAAAUGGGACUCUCCAGAGAAAGUUGCUUGAGAAAAAGGACCUAAAAUCUCCCGAUGCUCGGAGAAUGUGA